ACCAAACCUUUUUUCUCAUUCCAUGCAAUCCAAUUUCCUUUCUUAGGUUGCCAGCUGUCCCAUCAUGUGUCCCAUGGGUCCACUUAACUGCUGAAAUUCAAAUUUAUGCUCCCCUAUUGUUGCCUUCGGCCGCCCUUCCUACCGUGCCGGCCUGGUAUCUCCACGCACGCGGCAGCCUUCACCACCGUCCUCCGUGCCACGGCGCGCAGCUGACAACCACCUUACGAGUACUGCACUUCGCACCCACUAGCAGUUCAGUCCAGCUACAUCCUUCAUCUUUUCCAUCCCCUGUUUAAGAAACUUCAUUGCAGGUAGGGCUAUAAGUAAAUGGGAGUGAUCAAGGAUGGCACGAUCUCCGGGGUCCUACCAGAGCCUCAUGGAUUUCUGGUGCACUAUCCUGGUUAUCCAUCCUCAGCCUCUCGCGCUAUUGACACACUGGGUGGAACUCAAGGCAUCCUUAAGGCUCGCAGUUCACAAUCAAACAGAUUAGAGCUCAGGUUCCGCCCUGAAGACCCUUAUUCUCAUCCUGCAUUUGGGGAGUGUCGUCCCACUAAUGCUUUACUUCUGAAAAUAUCCAAGAAAAAAAUUCCUGAUGAUGAUGGUGCCAAAGCUUCUAAUAACAUGUGUGGAAUGGAGCAUGUGAUGCAAGAAAUUCCUGUAGAAAGUGAGCACGGAGCUGCUGAUAAAGUAGAUGAAAAGGAAAGUCUCUGUGCUGAUAUUGUUGCUCAUGUUCCCGAGGCUUAUUUCUUUGAAGGAAUGGCCGAUUACCAGUAUGUUGUUCCUGUCCAUGCGGAUGUUGCAAAGAGGAAGAAGAGAAAUUGGGCAGAACCAGAAGAAACACACUUAGCUAAGGGCAGUCGUAUAGAUGUGGAUCAUGAAGACAUUAUGAUCAUAGUGCCUCCGAUUUUUUCUCCAAAAGACAUGCCAGAAAACUUAGUCUUGAGACUACCUACCGUGUCAAGUUCAAAAAAGAAAGAUGAUCAGGAAAUUGCACAGCCCCAUUUUGAGAUCGACAGGGAGCCAGUUCUUGCACUUGAUUUUCACAUUAAAGAAAUUCCUAAAAAAGUGAAUUGGGAGGAAUACAUACCACAAGGCUCAGAUCAGUGGGAGUCACAAAUGGCCGUAUCUAGAUUGUUUGAUGAGAAACCUAUAUGGUGCAAAAACUCACUUACUGAACGCCUGCUCGAUAAGGGCUUAAGCUUUUCACAUGGCAUGUUAAGAAGGCUUCUAUCUAGAAUUGCUUACUACUUUUCGAGCGGACCAUUUCUAAGGUUCUGGAUAAAGAAAGGAUACGAUCCACGCAAAGAUCCUGAUUCUCGCAUUUAUCAAAGAAUUGAUUAUCGGGUACCAGUCCCAUUGAGAAGUUACCUUGAUACUCACUCGGCCAAUAAAUUGGAACAUAGAUGGGGUGAUAUAUGUGCCUUCCGUGCUUUCCCUUACAAGUUCCAGACAUCUUUACAGUUCUUUGAGCUUGUUGAUGAUUAUAUUCAAUCUGAAAUAAAUAAGCCUCCAAUGCAGGCAACUUGCACAUUCGAAUCUGGGUGGUUCUCACUCCGAAAGAUCAAUUGUAUUAGACAACUUCUUAUGGUGAGAUACCUAUCAAUAUUUCCCAGCAAGCUACUUACAAGUUUACUCAAGACUGCUACUUACAAGUUUGAGAAGAUGAAGAGGGAGUGCAAUAGGAUCUCUAUGAAGCUUGAUGGAGUGGAACCCCAGCAAGCUAAUACAGGCUUGGAAGAAAGUGAAGAGCCCGACAAUGUUGAGGAUGAGGACAGGGAGGCAGCUGAGGCUAAUGAUAGCGAGGAGGAGGAAUCGGAAGAAGAACUUGAUCUGAUCGGAGAUACUGAAAUGCCUCUGCCGUCUCCUUCUCGUCUGAAUAUUUCAAUGACCCACUUACAGGAUCUGUUUGGUAGCUUUCCACCUGAUGAAAUUGACGGCAACAAAGCGCCGGAAAAUGGUAGUGAAGAAGAAUACCAGAUAUACGAGGAAGAUAGUGACAACUACUCAGAAGAAUGAUUGCUGACUUUUAGAAAUUAUAAGUAUCAUACAAUACAGAUUCUUUCUGGAAUUGUACCUGGAGAUUUUGCUGUUUAGUUUAGAGGACCAUAAACAUGUCUUUGAGGCAAGCUUUAAUGUUUGUUGAAGUUAUAUAAUGAUGGUGGUUAUUAUCUAGUUUCUUUUUGAAUA